AUGGUACAACAUGACUUAUUUUGUGCUUUUUGUAGAAACUGUUUUCCCUUAACCUAUUCACUUGUGAAUGCUGCCUGGCUUUCAAACAGAGUAUGUUCUCUUAAUCCCUUAUAUAUUAGAUCUUAUUUGAACUCCAAAUACAGAAUAUUUGGUACAGAUUUUUAUAUCUGGUGGCAUGCUGUCGCAUCAUGGACAUGGGAUGCCCAAGAUGAAACCUGUGGGAUUUGUAGGAUGGCAUUUGAUGGUUGUUGUCCUGAUUGUAAACUCCCUGGAGAUGAUUGCCCACUAAUUUGGGGUGCUUGCAACCAUGCAUUCCAUCUCCAUUGCAUCUUGAAAUGGGUGAAUUCGCAGACUCCUCAAGCGCAUUGCCCCAUGUGCCGUAGGGAAUGGCAGUUCAAAGGAUGAAAUAUGCAAGUUGUAUGAAUUCUUUGUCUAUAUCUCUAUAUGUCUCAGAAGGGUAUUAGUUGAUAUUAGAUGGGCAACACUUUACCUGGAAAGUUAAAGGUUUCAGUCAUAUAUUUAGCUUUGUUUAUGGCACAAAAACCCCCUUUACUAAUUUGAAACCCGUUAACUAUUAUAAUCCUUUACCAGAUAAUAAUGAUGUUUGGUGAUCAUACAUUGGCAUUUUA